AUGAUCUGUGAUCAGGCAGCCAACACAGCAGCCAACACCCCAGGCCAGCUACCCGACGUUGUGGAUCCGACCAUCCAAGACAGCGGCUGGGCCAGUGGCCCGAUCCUUCAAGCUGUCUUGGGGACUCUCCGCGGGCGGCGAGGGGCUGGCAGCGGAGCUCAGGGGAUCUAUCAACCUCGCGACGGCGGGCACCAUCCCGCUCGGGGACAAAUCGGGGAGUUCGAGGACCCCGGGUGCCUCAUUCUCCUCCGCCCGGGCGUGUGGGCAGUCGACGAGAACAAGUACUUGGUCCGCGGGGGCACUAUCCCAGCACUGAACGGGGACGUGGAGUAG